AUGGAGAAAAGGAAGCUGAAAGAAAAAGAUGAAGCAUUAUUGUUGCAGCACCCUGUUGUGCUUUUCCUUAUUCUGGUCUUGGGCUUUGUUAUAAUGGAUCCUCUACAGAUAGGCCCGCUCGGCGGCCAUGAAUUCAAGCCCGUUAAGCAUAGCAUUGCACCGUACAACAAAGUCAUGGAGAGGUGGCCGAAGGACAAUCUGAGCCGGUUGGGACUAGGAAAGUUGGAGUUCGAGGACGAAGUUUUUGGGCCUGAAUCUUUAGAGUUUGAUGCUUUGGGCCGUGGACCUUACACCGGAUUAGCCGAUGGACGCGUUGUGAGAUGGAUGGGCCCGGAUGUGGGUUGGGAGACGUUUGCGCUUGUUACAGCAAAUUGGUCAGAGCAGGUUUGUGCAAAAGGCAAUGAGUCCACCACAUACAAGCAAUGGAAGCAUGAAAAAAGGUGUGGCCGUCCACUUGGGUUAAGAUUUGACAAAGUGACUGGAAAUCUGUACAUUGCGGACGCUUAUUAUGGACUUCUAGUAGUUGGACCUGAAGGAGGACUUGCAACUCCUUUGUCAAGUCAAGAUGUAGAGGGCAACCCCAUACUCUUUGCAAAUGACCUUGACAUCCACACCAAUGGUUCCGUCUUCUUUACAGAUACUAGCAAGAGAUACAACAGAGUGGAUCAUUUCCUUAUACUAUUGGAAGGAGAAUCCACUGGUAGGCUUCUGAGAUAUGACCCUCCCACUAAAACAACUUAUGUUGUCUUGGAUGGUUUGGCCUUUCCAAAUGGCGUACAGCUCUCUCAGGACCAAACCUUCCUUCUCUUCACUGAGACCACCAACUGCAGGCUCACGAAAUACUGGCUAGAAGGUCCAAAAUCUGGAACAGUGGAACUUGUUGCGGACCUUCCAGGAUUUCCAGACAAUGUAAGAAUGAAUGAGAAAGGGCAAUUCUGGGUAGCAAUUGACUGUUGCAGGACUCCAGCACAGGAGAUCCUCUCUCAUAAUCCAUGGUUAAGAAGCGUCUACUUUCGCUUGCCAAUCCGGAUGAACUACUUGGCAAGACUUAUGGGUAUGAAAAUGUACACACUGAUCUCGCUAUUCGACGACAAGGGAGAAAUUUUGGAAGUUCUUGAGGACCGAAAGGGUGAGGUUAUGAAACUUGUGAGUGAAGUUAGAGAAUCAAAGGGCAAACUCUGGAUUGGAACUGUGGCUCAUAACCACAUUGCUACCAUCCCUUACCCUUAA